AUGAAUCAAUCGAUAUGGGCAGAUCCGGAGCCUACAGCAGACGGACCAGAGCAGGAAGAGUCACGCGAUCAAGGCAACGGCUCUGGCCCGAGUACGACAAUUGGAAGUGAUCCCACAUCCUCCGGCCUCUCAGGAGCAGCAUCGACAUUUGAACCGGAUACCAGUGCUCCUCCUCCUCCUGACACUUCAUCCGCCGACGUGUUUGGGCAGACCGGAGCGCAGCAGCAUGACUUGUUCAACGACAUAGUCCCCGUCGAAUCGAUGCGCCUACGUUCAGACGACGACCUCUUCAGUGAUGAUUUCACACCUGCGCCUCAGCCGGUAGUAGAGCACGUAAAGCCGCAAACAAUAAGAGGGAGCGGUGAAGGCGGUAGAGGGCGGGACAGAGGGAGAGGGAGAGGUGCGCGGGAAGCGCGAGGCCAGCAGAGACAGAGGGAACUGCGGCCUGCAGAUACGACGCAAAGGGAGAACGCUAUGCAGCAAUCGCAAAGCGAUGCUCCCGAAAGUGCUCCUACCGGCCCCCGCAAGGAAACUCCAUCUGCAGUACGAGGAGAUAGACAGGGCACAGGCGGUGUGCGGAAGCCCAAACUCACCGAGGAAGAAUUGGCGGAGAAGAUGGCCAAGAUUCAGAUCAAAAACGCUUCGUUGACAGCAGCCCAUGCCCGGGCUGAGGCAGACGCUGCGUCGUUUGCGCAAAGAGAGCAACAAGCAAAGCAGGUAUCCGAACAGAGAAAGAAAGAGGAACGGCGUGAUCGGCAACAAAUGAUGGGUGAGCGGGAGAAGAACCGACAGCGCAAGCUGAAAGCCAUGGAGGGUCGAGAAUGGGAUGCGGAGAAGCAGGAAGAUGACUUCCAUAAGGGAGGUCGGUUUGAUAAGCGAGGAGGCUUUGCUGGUGACAAGCAAGAUUAUUCCGAUGGGCGCGAAUACUUGUACCGUGAACCAAGAGGCGGUAGUCAAGGGAGAGGGUAUGGUCGAGGAGGAGGAAGAGGCGGACGGCCGUCAGAACCGGCCACCGUCCCAAGGAAGGAAGACUUUCCAGCACUGCCAGCCACAAAGGGCGAGGGUGCGGAGGAUGCAUCUUUGGACACUUCUCGCGUAUCAGGUUCGACGGAGCCGUCCGGUAAGUCAUGGGCGGAUCAAGUUGAAGCAGCGCCCACGACAUAG